AUGGGGAGAGACGAGGCCAUCCUCGCACGCACGGCAGCCCAAUCACCACGCACGGCAGCCCAACUACCGCGCACGCCGCGGCCUCGUGGCCCACCAGCCGUAGCACGCAGCCCGACGGGCACGCCACGCUGCUGCUGCUUAGUAUACGUGCAUCCGGCACUGCCCUGCACGCCGCCGACGCGCAGACACCAUGGAAGCGGCGCCGCUCCUCGACGAUGGAGCACCGACGUACUACGACGGCGUAGUACCGCCGAGACGCCGCAAGCUCCGCCGCGGCAUUCGAGCACUCGCCGCGACUACGCUCCUAGGCGCCGCCGUCAUGAUACACGGUACUUCUCGUACAACUCAGUUAGAUGCAUUAUCAACGACGACCGAGGUUCUGAAAGAUGAGCCCCUCGACUGGGGCCUCGGGCUCCUAGCGCGAUUGCUAGUACUGUUAUCAAUCUACCUCCUGGUUGUAGAGGUUAGACUCCCAGCAUCCGUAACCGGAGAGGUGGAAGCGUCGUACGUGAAAGUCGAGGAAGAGUUAGAUGAUGAGGAGCCUCCAUCCAUCCUAGAGAUAUGUGUCUACGUGGCCAUCUACAUGGCUGCCGCGAUCGGUAUCGUGUACCUCAACGCCUACAUCCUGACGCAGUGGCCCUGGGCCGCGACGCUGACCAUGCUGCAGAUGGUCUUUUGUAGUAUCGCGGCUCGGAUAUGCGUCCUCGGUGGUCUAGCGGAUCCUACGUCCGUGGGUAUGACGUGGCGGUUAUACAUAAAAAUAGUGAUCCCAUUAGCAUUGUUGUACUGCUUCUAUCUAUAUGGUAGUAACGCGGUCUACGACUACCUCCAGGUCGGCUACAUCCAGCUGCUCAAGCCGGGCCAGAUGGUCGGCGUGUAUAUCUUAUUGCUGUUAUGUGGCAAAGAAAGAAUGGCCACAAGACCGUUACUGAACAUGCUUAUUAUCACGGGCGGCGUGCUCGUCGCGACGCUCGCCGGCGCCGAGAUCAGCGGCUGGUCGACGUGGGGCUUCGUGCUCAUGAUGACGUCCAAUGCGUGUUACUCGUUAUAUUUAGUUGGACAACAGUUAGCUUUGUCAACGGCACUGUCAGAUAAAUCCUCAAAAAUGGACGCGGUGACGAACGUCUACUUCCUAGGACCUCCUACCGCUUGUUUCCUGGCGGUGACCGCGCUGUGUUCGGAAUGGACGCAGCCGUCCUUCGAUUUGCAGGGCAUGUCGUGGUGGGUGUUAGUCGCGGACGGCGCGCUGGCCUUCUCGCUCAAUUUGAUCCAGAUCACUAUAUUAAAAAGACUGUCGGCGUUGACGUACAUGUUCGCGGGCUACGCGAAGGGUUUCUUGACGGUCGCCAUCUCCGUGCUCUUUUAUCAUGAAGAGGUCGAUGGUCUGGAGAUCUUCGGGUACGUCGUGAUGUUAAUAGGUCAGUUCAUCUGGUCGUUGCGGAAGAUUCGGCUGCGGGGGCCGCCGUUGCCGGAAAUCGAUCAUGGUCUUCGUAUCAAGCUCGGCUUGGUCGGGGUUUUGGGAUUGGUGGUCUUGGUGCUUUCUUUGACGGUGUCCGGGUGUAUAUUCUUCCCGUGCCAGGCGGGGUAAGUUAUGUUUUGUA